AUUUUUGAAGAGGUAAAUGUAAAUGCACUUACAGAUUGUGCCUAUAAAUCUGUACGUACCUAGCAUCUAGGCUCAAAGACUACAUUUAUCAUUUAUGUGUUUCUCUCUUUUCACGAUUUAUUUGAUAGGGAUAGAGUCAUGGAAGUUCUCCUGGACUCCCACAUCCUUCUCCAAUCAUGCAUCUCUCCGCCAGCACUCUCUUCGGUUCUCCUUUCACCCUCCGCCAGAUUCUACCGACGCCCGUGCUCCAUACAUGCCGCUUUGGCGCACGUGCAGCUUUGGAGGGUCGAAGGAGUAAUGAUGAAUCAUUUCCAAUGCAUGGCGGAGAUGGAGCUUACAGCUAUGCUCAAAAUUCCAAAUAUCAGAGAGGAUCUGUUGAAGCAUCCAAAGAAAUGAUCAAGGAGGCAAUUGUCAAGAAAUUUGACAUCAAGACCCUUUCUGCACCUUUAAACUCAAUUUCUGUUGCAGACUUGGGCUGUUCAACAGGACCCAACACCUUUCUUGCAGUGCAAAACAUUGUAGACGCCAUAGAACUCAAAUACCAGCAGUCAGAAAAUGAGAUCCCAGAAUUCCAAGUUUUUUUUAACGACCAUGUCUCCAAUGACUUCAACACUCUUUUCAAGGCUUUCCCAGCAAAGAGAAAGUAUCUAGCGGCUGGGGUGCCCGGCUCUUUCUAUGGCCGCCUGUUUCCCAAAGCCAGUAUUCACAUUUUUCACUCCUCUAGUUCCGUAAACUGGCUCUCCGAGGUGCCCAAAGAGAUAACGGACAAAACUUCUCCUGCAUGGAAUAAAGGAAGGAUAUCUUACACAAAUUCUGGAAAGGAAGUUGCGGAGGCCUAUGCAACUCAACAUGCCAUGGACAUGGAGUCCUUCCUGUGUGCAAGAGCAGAAGAGCUUGAAGUUGGAGGGUUGAUGGUGCUUCUCAUAGCUGCUGUCCCAGACGUCAUUCACUCUUCUGACACCACCAUUUGUUCACAGAUAGACCUUCUGGGAUCUUGCCUGAUGGACAUGCAAAACAUGGGAUUGGUUAGCGAAGAAAAACUGGACUCUAUUAAUGUGCCCCUUUAUUUCCCAUCUCUUAAGGAGUCAAUGGCAAUCUUAGAAAGAAAUAAGCAUUUUAGCAUCGAGAGCAUCCAAGAGCUAGAUAUCCCAAUAAGCCUCCGAUCGCUUGCUUUGACCCUCAGAGCCGCAAUCGGAGGAGUAAUUGAAAAGCAUGUUGGAAAUGACAUCGUGGAUGAGGUCUUUGAUCGCUAUUCUAAGCUUUUGGGAAAUGACAUCGUGGAUGAGAACAAAAUUACAUUGGUACUGUCUGUCAUUUUGAAAUGCAAGCCAAAAUGAUCGAUUAUUCUAAUAAUUAAUUGGUGAUGCAGGACCGACAUUAUUAGUCUUGGUUUAAUUUAUUUAUGCAUGAGUUUUAUUUUUUAUUUUUAGUUUUCGUUUCUAUAAGUAAUAAGGAUUGGGUUUUUCCUUUUCCAAUUAGGAUUUGUUUAGUUUUUCGUUUUCCUUGUCAAAAAAUAAGAGCGAGUGUAUCUUACACUGGAUUGAAUAAAACUCGAUCUUGCAAUUCCAGUAGCACAUGCAUCUUAGUGAACGUGGGAUUGGGAUAUUAGGUUUUUGGAGUGGCAAAUCGUUUUGGUUAACUCUUAUAGAUUUUUCUUCAGUUAGAAAGGGUGUUUACAAUGUUUGUU